GAAGAGAAAGACAGAGGGAGAAGGAGAAGUAGACGUAUAGAGGAGAAGGAGAAAGGGUGAUUGGAAGACCCGGCUGGCGAUCCGAAUUCGCGGAUUCGACACGCCGCGGUUGCCGAUCCAUAAUAUGGCGUACAAGUUUCGCGAAGAGAUCGUGGGAAAGAGGUUUCUCUCGGUGAGUGGUUUCACCAAGCUAAAGGUGAAUAAGAUCAGUGAGUGGGGGUGGCGUGCAGGGGUGAUUCGUGCUGCCAGUCACAGGGAUAACGGCUGUCAUGAUCUUCAGAUCCUCGUAGAAUACGACGACGUAGAGUGGCAAAGAAGAGAAUGGCUAUCGCCGCACAGGGACGCAGUGUUCUCGUUCUUCUUAGUGGAAAAGGGUCUAUAUUGGGCCGAGCGACCUGACCCCAGGCAUGCCAGCCUCAUCGCCAUCGAUCACCACAAUCACGCGAAUAAUAACCACCACCAUCAUCGUAUCAACGGGAAACCCCUGAGGGGUGCCACUGCUGUCGCGAACACGGUUGCCUGGCCGGCUCUAACGUUUUACCCCCUGGUGGCGCGUGCAGAGUUACCGGAAGACGCGAUGCCUCUCGAAUUCAUGCAAGAUCGAAGGCUGGAUUUCGUCGAUUACUCCAAGCUGAAGCCGUUUACCCAGGACUGGGAGCUGACGAAGGGCUCGGUGCCCUGGGCAAGCGCUGUCAGGCGUUGGGCAGAGAUGCAGGACGGACAGAGAAUUUUGCUGACCACGCCGAGCGUUCUAGUUGGCUUCAGGGUCGAGGUUUAUCGGGCCGAGGGCACCACGCAAUGGUACACUGCCGUCAUCGUUGGUUACAACGAGUCAACCAAGGACUUGACCGUCACCGAUGACACGGUUCUCGAGGAUCACAACGAGGACCCCAGCUUAGUACAAAUGCGGCUGAUUGGCGACGGAGUCGUCGAGAGCAUCAUGAGAGGCGAGGUCGUCGGCAUGACACCGAGGAGGUCGAGGUCAUCGACUGCUCUGACGCACGCGCUUGUUGUGCCGCGACCUGGAAGGAGACCCCGAGGACGUCCUGGGAACGCCGCACAGCUGCAGACUACGCCUAGGAUACAGAGCCCUAUUUCGCAGCAUCUCGAAAAAGAAAAGAACUCGGCGCGCAACAGUCGGCGACGACGCGUGAGCGAAGGUGCCAGUCGCGAGAGGCUAGAGAAAGACGGCGAAAGCAAUUUAUCGACGCGACAGGAAGACCGAGAGAACAAGGGUCCAACGUCGGGAAGACCCAGCAAUCGCAUACCGCGAACAGUAUUGGAAGAGGCGAACAGCGCGUCGAGCAGUGCCUGCAAGUUACGGAAACGGGGCACCGCGGUAAAGAGCCCGGUGGAGAGUCCGUCGCAGAGACCGGUGCGUCGAAGGCCCAGGCUCGGUGGUCAGGAAACGAAAACCGAGGCGGAGGAGGAUACAGAGCACUCGAGCAACGCAAAGUCGGCCGAGAAGGAGGAACGGCUAGGCAACAGAUCCGGCGAGGAGGACGAGGAGGAGGAAGAGGAGGAGGAGGAGGAGGAGGAGGAGGAAGAGGAGGAAGAUCGCGCGGAGGAAGAGGACGAGGAUCAGGAACGUUGCGAUCCUUUGACCAAGAGAUUGAGGACGAGUCCGAUCGGUGGUAGAAAGCUCAGGUCCGAACGAAAAGGAGGCGCGAAAGGUUGCGAGGAAACCGCGUCCGAUCACGAGGAAACGGAAGAGGAGGAGAGAAGGAAGCAGGAAAGUUCGGCCGAGGUAGAAGGGGAGAAGAAGCUCGAGGAGAACGAGGAGAGUCAGUCGAGAGAGCGAGACAGAGAACCGGAACCUCCACCUUCGAACAAAGUAGUAGACCCUGGAGGCGACACGGUUGUUCGGCAGAGGCAGGUCGUCGACGCGGAUCGGAAAGUUCGAACGAAGGGGGAUCGAGAGAAGAACGGGAAGGAGGAACAGGUGUUGGUGAAUGGAUCGCUGCUCGACUCGUCGCCGUCGGUGGUCGUGGACAAAGCCAACAGCGUUGUCCUGCUCGAUGCCGAGGAGGCGACCCUGCUGAAGCCGAACGCGAGCGACGAGUGCGCCAAGGGCGGUGGUAAAAGGCUCGAGGAGGAAGAGGACGAGGCCGAGGGCGAGGGCGAGGGCGAGGACGAGCGCGAAGACGAGCACGAGGACGAGGACGAGGACGGAGACGAGGAGCCGGAACAUCGGGAACGUGUACGGGGACAGGAGCAGGAACAGGAAGAGCCGGAAGGGCAGGUAGAGCGGGAAGAGCAGGAAGAGGAGGAAGAGGAGCGAGGCUCGCGAAGAACCGAGCUGACUACCGAGCUAGGCACGGAGGAUAGCGUGGGUAGCGUGAGCGGCGCGAGGGCGGCGAGCGUCGAAUCGGUGGUCGAGCUGCUGGAGUCGAGCAGUCAGGACUCAGGCUCCGUGCUGGAGAGGCUGAGUCCGCUUAGUAGCAGCGGCGGCGGCGGCUCUGGCAGGCAGAGCCUGCUCCUGGAGCAGCAGCGGGAGCAGGAGCGAAACCGGCACAACGAGAGUCCUGUCAUUCUAGCCGAGAGACUAAACAAGCCGCCACCGCCGAUAGCUGGUCACCAUCAUCAUCACCUGCAACAUCAGUACCAUCAGCAUCACCAUCACACGCCGCCACACCAUCACCAACAGCAACGCUAUUCCACCGGUAGUCCGGUGAUACAUCACCAUACUCAACAACAGCAGCAGCAACAACAACAGCAACAGCAGCAGCAGCAGCAACAACAACAGCAGCAGCUGCACCAACAUCAGGUAGCGAACAGCCCGCACCACCAGCAGCAGCAGCAGCAGCAGCAGCAACAGCAACAGCAGCAGCAGCAGCAACACCAACAACAGGCGCAGCAUCAUCAUCAGCUGGCCUCGUCGAGCCUCCUCGAGGUGCAACAGCAGUCUCACACAUCGAGGGGCGGCGAUGAGGCCGGCCUCAUGGAAGUGGAGGCCGGGGCCGGUAUACCUGGAAGCGGAGUGCUCACCGGUGUGCCAGCGGCGGUCGGUAUCCGGGCGGUCGGAGCCGCGGCUGGUAGCGGCGCCGCGAGUGGAACCUAUGGGGACAGCGGUUCCGACAGCGGGGUAAGCUCCUUGAGGAGCGCCGGCUCCGGCGACGAGAGGAGCGGUAGCAGAAGUUCCGCGCUCAGCGUCGACGAGACCACUACCUCCUCGACGCCGGCGGCAGCGGCCACACCGGCCAGGGUCUGGCACGUGCAGAGCGUUCAGCACACCUCCUUACUCAUGGCGCAUCCACAACCGCCUCCUAGCGCCGGACCGAGCUCCGCGGCCGCGGCCGCUGCGGCAGCCGCUGCCGCUGCCACCGCUCCACCGGUCGGCUAUCAAAAUCCCGCACCGCCACCCGGUCAUCAUCAUCCCGCCGUAGCGUCCGAAAUGCUUUGGAGGUCGCAGAGGUAUCCACCGUUACCGCACUCGUUGCUCGGACCUGCUCAGCCCACCACCGAGGAAAUAGUCGAGAGGGAGAGGAUGCUCCGGGAGCGGCGAGAAGCGGAAGCCCGGCUGGAGAAGCGUGAACGCGAGAGAGAGGCCAAGAUGGAAAGGGAGAGGCUCGAGAAGCAAAGGGCCGCCGAGCAGGCAGUUCACAAGCACUUCGAAGAGUCCCUUAGGCUGGCGCAACAAAAGGUGUCUUAUGCUCCGCAGAGAAACAUGCAGUCGACCUCGAUGCCGUGGAACACGUUCAUUCCGCUGCCGCCGCCAGGAAGCAGGCCGCACGCUGCGCCGCAUUCCGGAAUGACGGCUCAUGUGGGCCAUCAUCAUCCGGGACCAGGUGCAGCAGCGGCGCAUUCAGUGACUGUCGCGCAGCAACGCGAACGGGAGGAACGGGAACGAGAGGCGAGGGAACGAGACGCGAGAGAGCAGCGACAGCGAGAAACCGAGAACCUGGGGAUGAGGGAACACCACCUGGCCGCGGCCGAGAGACUGCACAGGCAGGCCGAGGCCAGGGACCACGUUGCGGCGCAGCAAAGAGCCGCUUAUUAUGCAGCCACUGCACCACCGACUCAACAGGUGUCUCGACCGUCGAGCGUACCUGGCAAAGUCGAGUAUCCACCACCACCGGCGCACUCGAGAACCUCCAAGUCGUCGCUUCCCGUCAGUAGUCUUCACGAGAAACAACCACCGGUGGUAGGACCAUCGCACAGUUCUCUGCCAAAGGUCGAGCCAAACGUCGGUCUGUUCAGUUACUCGACGCAGUAUCAGCCACAGUCGUCGUACAUGCACGACAUCAAGGUAAAGAGCGACGUGGGACAGCCGCACAAGUCGCUGCCGAGCAAGAGCGGCUUGGCCGGCGGUCUCGAGAGGGAUCAUCACGGGCGGGAGGUGCUGCAGAAUCCUCCGUCGUUGCUGCAGGACCACAAGAGUUCGGUGAUAGUGAAGAACGAGGGUCGGGAGCUUCCAAAGGCGCCGACGUCGCAACAGCACUCGCCCAGUCCGAAGAUCAUGCCGUAUCUGAACGUACAGUCGGUACCGUCGCAACACAAACCGUACGAGUACAGGAGCCCGACGCAGAGUCCUCACCACCUUCACCACCUGGACGGUCUACAGGCGGCGAAGAGCAUACCUCAGGGUCAUCACAGAGGCAGUAGCGGGUCAACGACUACGACACAGUUACCCAGUCCGCACGGACAUCCACCGCAUUCGCACAAUCGACAGUCACCGCACGCUCAGCAUCCUCAUCAACCACCGCAUCCAUCGCCACCCGAACCGCGUUAUCUUACCAGGCCGGAAUCCGGCCUACCUUACGCUACUGCCAAGUCCUCGUAUCCGUAUCCACAUCCGCAUCCGCCCACGGCCUCGCCGACCUCGCAUUACGCCGCGCCGGCAGGCUCUAAGCCGAAAGUCAGCAGUCCGGCGCCGCCUCACAUUUACGGCAAACCGAAUUCCGGUAUCAUGACUGGCACGCCGGUCUGCAGAGCCUCCGAGCCGGCAGUCGCAGCCCCGAUACCUCUCACCUCGAAGGCCGGUAGUUCGCCUUACCAGCAAGUGCCUCACCAUCACGGGGCGCCACCACCUCUCCCACCACCCGCGCACAGUAGGUCCGUCUACGAUCCUAGGGGAUACACUGGUUCGAUGCCGGCCGCCAAACUACCACCGCCGCCUAUUCACGGCUCACCACCGACCGCCGCGUCCGCGCCUCUGUCCAGGCCGAUCGCGCACCCCGCGCAUCACACCAGUCCGCAUCAACAACCUGGACAGACGGUGCCACACGCGCAACCACAGAUCAACGCCUCCUUCCAAACGCAGCCGCUCGAUCUCGGGGUGGAGAGAUCCGGCUCGCCCAAGAGGAAAGCGCCGACCCCGUCGAUGACCGAGGUUUCCGGCCAACCGGUCUCGCUGGAGGUUUGCAAGAAACGCAGGACCGAGGAACCGCAACCGUUAUCGUUGCAGUGCGUCGGUCCACCGGUGCUCUCGAGAGUGAGCGAACCGAGUCCGUUGAUCGCCUCGGCCGCCACCUCCAUCACCACCGUGGUCAACACGACGGUUGCACUGUUGGCGCAGUCGAACGCUCAGGCGACGCAGGAACGCACCGUGACGGCGGUCAGUCCAACGCCUCGAACAGCCAGCGGUGACGGUUCCGUACGGCCCGCGAGUACGGGUAGCGUGAGCUCGUUGAACCCGACGGUGAGCGCGGCGCCCAGUCCGGCGCCUAUACCCAGUCCAGCGCCCUCCACGGCGCCAAGUCCAGCGCCCAGCGCACCCGGUACGCCCGCCAAAGCCAACCCUAGCACGGUCGACAGCGAAAAAUCCAAUAGUCCCGCGCCAAGGCCACCGAGCAGCACCAGCUAUCCCGUUCACAAGCUGAAGAAAGCAUGGUUACAAAGGCAUUCCGGCGAGGAUGGCACGGAGGACACGACCGGCGUCGUGGGUAGCGGUUCUUGCGUUACCCUGCCUAUGAACAUCUCCCAGGCACCCUCGCAGUCCUUGAACAACAAAGAACGCGACACCUCCUCCAACGUCUCCGGCAACGCGACCACCACCUGUUUGCCCAGCGCCGUCAAUUCGAUUCACAAUAUCGGUAGUAUGGCGGUGAACAGUAUCAACAAGAGCAAAGUCACUGCCAAAAGCAGUCGUAAAUCGGCCAACAAGGAAUCGUUAAACGGACACGCCACGGACACGAAAACGUUACAGGAAGACUCUUCUAGCAGCGACCCGGAGAGAAAGUCGCCGCCGAAAAGGAAGCCACCCAAGGUAAAACGAAAGAAGGGCGCAGCACGGAGGCAGCAAACGACCGCGGAAGAUCAGCGGAGGCGAAAGGAAGAUAAGCAAGGCGGAGGAGCUGGUGUAGGCAGCGAGUCUAGUAACGAGAGCGAGGCUGGUUCUGCCAGCGAUACCAGCGAACAGUUGGGUUCCAUUCAACCUACAUCGAGGGUGCGGCAUACCACCGCCAAUUCCAACAAUUCCUCGGGAAACGGUAAUAACAAGGAACCCAGGAAACGAGGUAGAAGACCAAAGACUACGAAAGGUAACGAAUUGGGCGGAGAAGAUCAGCAACCUCGUCAAAAGAAAGAACGUAGAGACGACAGUGCGAGCGGUGGUAACAAUGGGCCAGGUGGAAGCGGCGGUAGGGGUGAUCCCUUUCGUAGACCUCCGAUAUCGCAAUUGAAAAAAACCGGUGACAGUUGGUUGCAAGACGGCGCUUGUUUCGAAGUAGCCCCGAAAUUGGCAAAAUGUCGUGAGUGCAGAUGGACACCGCACCAACGUUCCAAAAAUCUUCCUCAAAAUAUUUUCUGCAGAUUUUAUGCAUUCCGUAGAUUACGGUACACGAAAAAUGGACAGUUGGCUAUAGCGGGAUUUAGCGAUCCUCACAAAGAUGCGUCCGAGGUAGAUCUUCGAUUAUGGUUACCAGGAAAAGAAAGUUCGGAUACGAAGAAGGACGAAAAGUCCGACAAGAACGAUAAAGAAAAAGGAGACAAAGAGGAUCUAGAUCUGGAAAUGGCGCACAGAUUGCUUCGUCAAGUUGGAGAUCAAUUUUGCGAUCUUUUGCAUCAAGAGAAGGAUGCGCUCCAACAGCAUAUGACAGAAGCAAGUUCGGGACUUGUAGACGGAACAGUCGCUUGGAAGAGAGUGGUGCAAGGUGUUCGAGAAAUGUGCGAUGUUUGCGAGACUACCUUGUUCAAUUAUCACUGGGCUUGCGGGAAAUGUGGUUUCGUCGUGUGCAUCGAUUGUUAUAAGGGACGCAAGAAUGGCACGAUCAAGAUUUGGGGAGAAAGCGGGAAGGAUAGAGACGACUUUUCUUGGCUUCUGUGUACAAAUAGGCAGGUACACGAGCCCGAACGACUUAUGCUCACGCAAAUUAUUGCCGGCGAUAGCUUGAUACGUCUCGGACAACGACUGCACGAAUGCCGCGCGGAAUGGGGAAUACCUCAGCACUGUGGUUGCACGCUUGUCGUUCAAACACCUCCCAAUGAAUAUUUACGAAAUAUGAUAAAAGGUGAUUCGGUACCGGUUCUGAACGGUAAUGUCAAACAGGAAGUUAAAGAAGAGAAGAAAGUGAACGAAUCGAACGGUUCAUCGGAGAACAAAACGAACGGCGAGGACAAGAAUUCGCCGUUAAACUGGCUGGCGGAUGUGGCUCUACAGAAUCAAGAUAAAAACGAAAGCGCUUCCAGUUCGGAUUCCGACGAGGAUCGGGAUGGCAAUUACUCGACCUUGAGAGAAUUGCUUAUCCGACCGUCUCAUAAAUCAAACGGCAGUGGUUCUAGAUCAAAUUCACCGACGAAUAAUUCCGGUAACGUUAACGUUACCGCCGGGAACAAUGCGCAAAACAACGUCGCAAAGUCUGGCAAAAAGUCGAAAAUGGACACGCUGGACGAGGUAAUAUCCAGCGUGAUAGAGCACAGCGUGAAAAAGGAACGAGAGGGUGAGCUGGACGACGAGAAACCGAGAGAGCUGAAGCAUUUCGUGAGAAGAUACAAAUGGACGCAAAAGGGCAGAGAACCGUUGCCUAUACGGAUUAUGACACUUACCGAAAGCAAGAGUCUUUACCCGGAUGUGCCUCACUCUUGGCUCUGUGACGGGAAAUUGCUCAGGUUAAACGAUCCGAACAAUCCGAAUAAUUAUAGAAUUUUUCAAGAUCAAUGGAAACGCGGGCAACCGGUGAUUGUGUCAGACGUGUCCAAGUCGUUGGAUAUGAACUUGUGGCAUCCGGAUUCGUUCGCCAGAGACUUUGGCGACGAGAAGAACGAUUUGAUCAACUGUAUGACCGGAAAUCUGGUACCGAAUCAGCCGAUGCGUAAAUUCUGGGAAGGGUUCGAACACUUCUCCAAGAGAUUGAAAGACGAGAGAGGGAAUCCGAUGUUGCUGAAAUUGAAAGACUGGCCACCCGGCGAGGACUUCGCGGAGUUAUUGCCGUCGAGAUUUGCGGAUUUGAUGAAAGUUUUGCCGUUGUCGGAAUACACCCAUCGAAACGGAAGACUGAACUUGGCCAGCCGGCUACCAGACUGCUUCGUAAGGCCAGACUUGGGACCUAAAAUGUACAACGCUUACGGUUCGGCUCUUCAUCCUAACAAGGGCACGACUAAUCUCCACCUAGAUAUUUCCGAUGCGGUUAACGUCAUGGUAUACGUGGGAAUCCCCAAGGAUGCAGACAACGACGAACACAUCAAAGAAGCACUGCGAGCGAUAGACGAGGCCGGCUGUGAUAUCCUGACACGCCGACGUGUUCGCGAACGAGGAGAAGCACCGGGCGCAUUGUGGCAUAUUUAUGCAGCUCGAGAUGCCGAUAAAAUUAGGGAUCUGUUGAACGCCGUGGCUUUGGAACGUGGGGCUCGUUUGGAGCCGCAUCACGAUCCGAUCCACGAUCAAAGCUGUUACCUCGAUGGACCUUUACGAGAACGGUUGUACCGCGAAUAUGGCGUCGAAGGAUACGCUAUUGUACAGUGCCUAGGCGAUGCGGUAUUCGUGCCAGCUGGCGCACCGCAUCAAGUCCGCAAUCUGCAUAAUUGUAUAAAGGUAGCCGAAGAUUUCGUAUCUCCAGAAAAUGUGUCGCACUGCUUCCAUCUAACGCAAGAGUUCCGUGCACUAUCGGACACGCACACGAAUCACGAAGACAAGUUACAGAUUAAGAAUAUAAUCUACCACGCCGUGAAGGAUUCCUUGGCCGUUUUGAGCAACGUGAAGGAAGAAACUCUUGCCAAACUGAAGUCGAAUAACGAGAUAAAGAAGGAGGAGACGUAGCCCUAGGCCCCUUGUCGCGGUCGCAAGGGCCGUUGAUCGUUGUUUGACUAAAGCGCUUGCUAUACCAAGCGAGCGCGCAACCUGUUACCGGUCCUGUAUCGCUCUCCCGAAUGGCAUACGCCGGGAUCAGUUCGAGACGACAGGAGGAUUAAUCUAAGAUGCUCCGAAACCUGUAUCGAGGUGCAAGAAUUUGUUGUGAUAUUUGACGAGUAACUCAAAAGUUUGAUUUUCGGUAUUGGCUGAGCCAAUGAGAUUAUUCGUUGUUUCAUUUGAAUUUCCUUUUACGUAUACUUUCCUUUCUCUCGAGCAACGUGUACUUGCGGACAUGAAGUCCGCGAGUUUUUUUCAUUGAAGCAUGGAGUUGGCGACGCGAAUCCCCGCGCACAGCGUCCAUUAUCAUUGUGAUACCAGGAGGAGGACUUUGGAUCAUGCAUUAUUUGUAAUUACUUAUAUCGUGCCUGUAUUCAAUACAUACUGUCUAUAUUAUAUAAAUGUAGAUAAUGGAUUACUGUGUAAUGAAUUCUUACUAGCAACUACGAAAGGAUCGUCUAGAGGUACCUUUGUGCAAUUAGAUGUCGAUUAAAUUGUUAGCUGGAUCAGUGAUACUUGUCGAUCCGCGUUACGUGCUCUCGUGAUCUGGUGCUUUUUGGUAUCGAUUCAACAAAAGCAAACAACCGCUUUGCCAAAUGGCCGAUAUAUGUUUCUCGCUACGUUCUUGUGUUCCGCGCGGUAAUGAGCAUAAGAGGAAAACACUGCCUAAAGCUGUUAGCAUCGGUCCAGUUUACGGAUGAAUCGAUCUUGGCGCGUUAAGUACAUUAAUGCAAUAUACGUGAUAAUCGCAGUUCGGCGGCUUCCUCGGGUAUUAUACAUGUGCGUCGUGUCUGUGUGUAUAUAUGUAUAUACACGCACACGCAUUUUUUCGGUUUGUCUUUCUUCUUCGAAAAAUAUAUCGGCUAUACCGAGCAAAGUUUGUUCGAAGGGGUUUGUAUGACCAUCGUCGUUUAAAGCAAGGCAUCAGAACAAAAAUAACAAGAAAACGGCUAAACAAAUCUUUCGAUAUUAUCUUUACGGGAUACGAGAUACCCAAGAAUAGACGCUAUUGAAUUUAAUGUUUUUAUAGAUUGGAUUGACGUUGUGGCCCAGUGAUGACCCAGUAAAAGUAUAAGGGGGUAAGAGGAAAGAGCGCAAAGCAAAGGAGAGAAAAAUGAAAAAGAAAAAAAAAAAACAUUAAGAAACUGUUAUUUUUGUCGAAUCACGCAAACCGUCUAUCCGAUAGAGCAGCGAUAUUCUAAUUGUAUUGUAAUUAAUAUCGAUAACUAUGGUAACAUUAUUUAAUGCAAAGUAAAGCUGUAACGACUUUCGAAGUGCCAAUGUUGAACGACGUGGACAUUCUCGCGUGUUUACACGUUGUGUAUCGUACGCGUAUAGGUAGACAAGAAAAAGGAAGGAAGGAAGGAAGGAAGGAAGGAAGGAGGGAAGGAACAAAGAAAAGAGAAGGAAGAAAGAACACAGAUUAGUCAUGCAGAAUUCACAGAUGAGAGGCCGAGUUCCUAUCAUACAACUUUUCUCAUAUAGAACAAACCGCUGCCUGUUCACGGUAUGUUGCGCAAUGUCUGAAUUCUUGAAAGCCAUUGCCGUCCUCGUUCAUUCUGUUCCACGACGUCGUUUCUUACACGCUCUCGCAACCGGGGCAAUAUAAUAAUAGUCGUACCGUUCGCAAUCCGGUCACAGUUUCAACGUUAAACGAAAAGGCAAAGAGAAGGAAAAGGAUAAGAAAAAGGGGAGAAAAAGAGAAGAGAAAAAUAGAGAGAGGAAGGCAGCAGCUUUCGAGGACAGACGUUACAUGUGUGUAAUUUAACGUCUCGCGCCGUUGGUGCGCUUAUCGAUCGUCAGAUGUUCUCUACGGCUGGUAAUCUCGAGACCGACGUGUAAGCAACAAGCGAAGAACAAGAAAAAGGAAAAAGAAAAAAAUGAAAAGAAAAGAAAAAAACAAAUCACGGGAAUCCUGGAAUCCGCAAUUUCUUUGAUCUCAACAUUCGUCUAGCAUACAACGACUUGAUUAAAUAAUAUUUAACGAGUAAAUUUUUAAAAUAUCUUAGUGUUGAUAAGCAAUGUUAAUAUUACGGAAAUUAUAA